AUGGUUGAUCUAGAAAAACAGCAAGGGGCUAAUGGCGUCAAAGAGCCGGAACGGUCACAACUCCCCCGGAGGUUCAGCUCUCGAGAUCGGAGAGAUGUAGAUCAGCAGUCGACAUCGGUUCUAGGUCAGAGCUACGGUGUCAGCCCACUCGAUCAACCACUCCAACCGCCACGGCGCAUUACGUCGCAUCAGUCUCUGAGACGGGCUCAAUCUGCCGCUUCGACAAACUCUGCAGCCUUUACACGGGCGUACACGGACGCAACUGUGCCUGUCAGUGGUUCACAGGAGGAAGCAACUGGUGCAGGUUAUCCCGGCGUUGAUGAAGGUAGCGUUGGCGAGGAACUUGUAUGGGGAGUGUCGCAUCCGUGUUUCCCACAUCUCAACCCUCACGUUCCCAUCAACUCUCCCGAGUACGAAGCUACACGGAUCAUUCGAAUACGAAGAGAUUGGAUGGUUGUGGGGGACCUGGCUCCUACAUUUUCCAACAUAUACCCGGAAAUCCUCGACCCCCUGAUGCAGGAGCAGGAAUUUCGAUAUGUUAUUGAGCACAUUAACCAAACCUUGGUCCGGGCCUACGAUCCAUUUUCCGCUUGGAAUUGGUUGGAUGGAUUCCUGGGUUUAAUGACUGGCUGGUUCUGGGAAGACUUUCGACCCAUCGGUCCCAAGGGCCAUUUAAAGGACUUGGAAGAAUGGCUGGAAGAUUGGAAUCAUACAGUUGGUGCGAGGGAUGGAGUGAAGAUCAUUCCACUUCGGCGGACAGGGUAUAUGAAUAUCGAUAUUCAAAUCCCCGAUCCUCAAGUGAGAGUGGUUGGUGAUGGGGAUGUCGAAUCCCAGCAACCAACUCCCUCGGCACAGGCUCCGGAUACAAACGGCGGUCCAAAGUGA